UAUUUUACUUCGAUUUCAUACAUAUUUAAUAUUUUAACACCAAUCAUUAUUUUUAUUUAAACUAUGACGAGAAAUGUUGUUUGUCACAAAAAAACUAAAAAUAGGUACUUCUAGACGAUUACAUAAUAUUAUAUUAUUAUAUAAUUGCACACUAAAUGUACGAAACAAAAUUCAAACGAAACUAUUAAAACUACUCGGGUCUCGGGCAUUGGUGAAUGAAUAAUAGCAAUUUUCAUACACCAAACACAUAAUAUUAUUAUGUAUGUUCUAUAUAUAUAUACUAUUUGAGAGGCGUUUAUUAUUUGGUAGAUACAACUUAAAAUUAAGUAUUUAUGGUGUGUAAAAAAUUACAUUUCAUAACGUCAAUAAUUACUAUAAUCAAGUAUUCUAAUAACGUGUGUUCCGUGUGUCAGAUACUCCGAUAACAUCUCCGAGCACUUUAUUUUGGCAUUUAUUGAAUUUUAACAAUAAUACUUCGAAUUCAAACUCUGGAAAGUCAUUUAGUGUGCUGAGUUCACUCGUGUCGUAGUGACAACACCAGUCUUCACAUUUUUUACUAUGUCUGACGAAAACACUUUCCAACCCGUUUAUCUCAAGGAUAGGAAUUUCACUGAAUCUGGAUAUGAACGGCAGUUGAAACAAAGUUCAUUAGCCAAUGUGGCGGUCCGUUCGAAUUACAACGCACUGAGCUUAAAAGAAAACAAGGGAAAUAUCGCACUUGAAAUACAAGACGAUCUCGGUAUGCCAGUAAACUACGUGAGAAUCAAAGCCUUGGAAGACAGUAUUAGGAAGGAUAUAAUCAGCGAUAAAAAUUCGUUGCACAGAGCCAUCACGCCCUUACUUAUUUUGGUGCAAAUAUGCGCUCUUUUACCGGUGCAAGGCAUUAGAGGACAAAACACUAGUUAUUUAGUUUUCAAUUGGUUCAGCUGGAUAAUGUCAUACAGCAUUAUUUUAGUUUGCUCUUCUCUGUUGAUGAUUUUGUUAAUAGUAUUCAACUUGUAUAGGAAUGGACUGACAUAUGAAAUCACUGGUGAUUUAGUAUUUUAUGGAGGUACACUAAUCAAUUACAUGGUUUUUAUCCAUUUGGCAAGGGAAUGGCCAAAAGUUAUGGAAAAAUGGGAACUAAUGGAACGUGAGAUGAAACAGUAUGGAUACCCACCCAACAUGGCAUUUAAGAUUAAAAUGUUAACAUGCAUCAUCAUGUUACUUUCAAUAAUUGAACACUUGGCUUCUAUUUUAACGGGAGUAUUGAAAGCUAUACAUUGCUCACCGGAUGGACUAGACAUUUUUCGACUUUACAUUUUGACUUCGCUCGAAACCGUUUUUACGUUUAUAGACUACUCGUUCGUAGUAGCUAUAAUUUUGAAGUUUUUUAAUUGUUUGUAUUCUUUUGCUUGGAAUUUUAUGGACUUAUUAAUAAUCGUACUAGCCUGUGCUUUGACGGACAAAUUCAAGCAGCUCAACCAAAAAUUAGAUAGCGUAAGAGGAAAAGUGCUCCCAAGUAUGUAUUGGCGGAAAUCUAGGGAAACAUAUAAUGUUUUAGCGUCGUUAACUCACGAUUUUGAUGAAUUUCUAUCUCCAUUGAUAUUAUUAUCAUUUGGUCAUAAUUUGUACUUCAUUUGCUUACAGCUUCUCAACAGCUUGAAACCUAUGCACAGCUCUUGGGAGGCUCUAUGUUUCGCAUUUUUAUUUACAUACCUAGUUGGAAGAACAUGCGUGGUGUCUUUGUAUGUCGCAUCCAUUAAUGAUCAAAGCAAAAAACCAAAAACUGUCUUAUUCUCUGUGCCAGCAGAGUGCUAUGGAGUCGAGGUAGAAAGAUUUUUAAUGCAAGUGACGGCUGAUGAAUUAUCAUUUACUGGAUGUAAUUUUUUCUCCGUCACAAGGACGUUUAUGCUAACGGUUGCUGGAACUAUAGUCACAUACGAGAUAGUAUUAAUACAAUUUAACAAUGUGGCUAGCGAAAUACCUGAUCAAAAUAAUACUUUUGCUAAUUAUUGUCCAAAGUUAUUAUGAUUCAUCGAUUGGCUGGACAAUUAAACGAAGUUCACAUCUUUAGCGAUAAAGGAAUAUUAUGGAAAGUUAGAAAAUAACCAAUGAUUUGUCUAUUAUUAAAUGUAUAAAGUGUUUGUAAACAUCGGUUAUAGUUUUUACUUUCAUAAGAAAACAAUUCAUGUGUAAUUGGUAAUAUCAAUACCUAAUAAUUAAAAUAUAAUAACUGUCAGGUAAAAAAAAUGUCAUGUUUGUUAGUUGGCUAUAUUCGAAAUCUGAAAAUACUAAUAAAUCUUGGUAGAAUUACGAAUUUAGACAUUUUAAUAAUGGAACACUCUUCAAACAAAUUAAUACGUUAUAAAUACUUUAUUAAUUGUUCAUUUUUUUUCAGUACUAACAUAUUUUAAAAUAAAAUUACACUAUUUAAUAUUUAUAAUCGUUUAAAUUGUCUUGAAUAUAUCUUUAUUAUGUUAAAGUUUUAAAGUUUUCAUUAGGCACAUUUAAGCAAUAUGUAUCUAUACCUAAUUAUAUUUUACAAAAAUUAACUUAAAAAAUAAUGAACACUUAUAGAUGUUGAAUAAAUGUGGUCCGAUAAUUUAUAAAUAUUUUAUUAUUAGCUAUUAGCCCAAAAUUGGCCUGAAUUUUUUGUUUUCCCGUGGCAAAUCCUUAUUCCUAGUCCUUCCCUGGUUACUGAUAUUUAAGUAAUUUCGGCUGUUACUGGUCAUCAUUUA